AUGCAAUUCUCUUCUUUAACUGUUUUGGCACUCGCUGCCUGCUCUUUGGCCGCUCCAACUAACCGUAACCAGGUUAAGAACGUUGGACACACUGUUCAGAAACAAGCUGCUCCAAAGCCUCAUGCUCCAGCUCCUGCUCCUGCUCCUGCUCCAGUAGCCCCAGCCCCAGCUCCUAAGGUAACUGGUACUACUGCAACUGGUGGUGGUGCCGGUAUCGGUCUUGGUGGUCUUCUCAAUGACGUUGGUGCCAUUGGUGGUGGUCUUGGUGGUGCUCUCGGUCAAAUCACCGGCCCAGGUCUUAACGCCGAAGGUGGUGGUGUUGGUCUUGGUCUUGGUGGUCUCCUCAACGAUAUUGGUGCUCUCGGUGGAGGUAUCGGUAUUGGCGGUGGCUCUAUCAGUCUUUAA